AAGGAGGGGUGUUGGCAAGAGAGGGGCAGACCAGGCAGAGUGACAGCAGGGCGGGCUUUGCUCACGCCAGGCCGUGGGCGGGCUCAGGCUGAGUUUCACUUCCCGCCACUGCUGCCAGCAGCAAGAAUCAGCCAGAAAGUGUGCGCCCCGAGUCAUUGCUGCCUGCCUGCUACUCGGCUCAGCGGCAGGUACCCACCAUGGGCUCGCAGGCCCUGCUCCCGGGUCCUGUGCAGACCCUCAUCUUCUUGGACCUGGAAGCCACUGGCCUGCCAUUCUCCCAGCCCAAGGUCACGGAGCUGUGCCUGCUGGCCGUCCACAGAUGUGCCCUGGAGAGCCCUCCCACCCCUCAGGGGCCUCCUCCCACGGUUCCCCCACCACCCCGAGUGGUGGACAAGCUCUCCCUGUGCGUGGCUCCAGGGAAGGCCUGUAGCCCCGCAGCCAGCGAGAUCACAGGCCUGAGCACAGCUAUGCUGGCAGCGCAUGGGCGUCAACGCUUCGAUGCCAACCUGGGCAACCUGCUCCGAGCCUUCCUGCAGCGCCAGCCACAGCCCUGGUGCCUCGUGGCACACAACGGUGACCGCUACGACUUCCCCCUGCUCCAGGCAGAGUUCGCUGUGCUGGGCCUUGCCAGUGCUCUGGACGGCGCCUUCUGUGUGGAUAGCAUUGCUGCCCUGAAGGCCCUGGAGCGAGCUGGCAGCCCCUCGGAGCAUGGCCCAAGGAAAAGCUACAGCCUGGGCAGCAUCUACACACGCCUGUAUGGGCAGGCCCCCCCAGACUCGCACACGGCCGAGGGUGACGUCCUAGCUCUGCUCAGCAUCUGUCAGUGGAGGCCGCGGGCCCUUCUACAGUGGGUGGAUGCUCACGCCAGGCCCUUCAGCACCGUCAAGCCAAUGUACGGGGUCACAGCCUCUACUGGAGCCAACCCAAGGCCAUCUGCUGCCAUAGCCACUGUACCCCUGGCCAGAGCCAAGGACACCAGUCCCAACCUUGACGUGGGCAGGAGGCCCAAGGCCCUUCCUCCAAUGCAGAGCCCUGGAGCCCCACCCAGGGAGGGACUGCUGGCCCCACUGGGCCUGCUGGCCUUCCUGACCUUGGCAGUAGCCACACUGUAUGGGCUGUCUCUGGCCACACCUGGGCAGUAGGCCAAGAAGGAGAGUCUGACUAAUAAAGCCCCCACAGCACUGAGUGGUCACUCGCCUCUAACCCUCCUUGGCAGCCUGAGAGCCUCCUGCACCUCUGCCCACAUUCAGGGACCUAGGGAGGGGGCCUAGAGAGUGGCACAGUCUUUGUCCCUCACCCACCCUAGCAGGAUGGUCAGAUGUCUGAGCCCAAUAAAAGUAGGGAAAACAUGGAAAUCCAA